AUGGUACUGAAGCACAACCCAGAAUUCCACGAAGGACAUAAGAUGGGAAUGUUCUCUCGACCACUAGCUUCAGCUUGGAUAGGCGUGCGUCGAGCAAACGGGGGGCAGACGACGGAGGAAGUGGGCGUAGCAACGGUAACAGUCCGAGACUGGGGCGACGCGAUGUGGAAAUUGAACAACGCCGUGUUUAACGCCGACCAGUCGUGCAGGUUGCGAGCAGCAGGAUUACGGCCGAAAGCGUGA